AUGAACAUCAUACCCUCUGUUUGUGUUGUGUUGAUCUUGACAACGUUAAUUUUUCGAGAAGCAGAAUGUUUUUUCACCCGGAGGACCUGUAUAUACUCGCUGGGGUCGUGAGAACUGUCCUGAAACAGCAAAGUUAAUGUACUCAGGAUAUGUUGGAGGAUCUUUUUACCAUCAUACUGGGCCACUCUGUCUACCAAAGGACCCAGAGUGGGGCAGGUACUCAGAUCGAACAGUAGACAACGACAGAGGAUUUGUUUACGGAGCUGAGUAUGAACAUACUGGGGUCUUUCGCCUUAACCUCCACAACAAUGAUGUGCCGUGUGCUGUAUGCGAAACCCAUGGCCACGAGUCAGUUGUUAUGAUACCAGCAAGAAAGUCCUGUUACUCUGGGUGGAAAAAGGAGAAUUCUGGGUAUCUGAUGAGCGGGAAAUUUGAUCACAGAGCCGCCACCACCUACACUUGUCUUGAUGAAAAAUCACAGCCUUUACAUGGGGGAUCGGAGAACAAAGAUGGCUACCUGUUCUAUCCGGUAGAAUCUCGAUGUAAACACGGCAGCUUAAGGUGUCCUCCCUACCAUCAAGGGAGGGAACUUACCUGUGUUGUCUGUUCUAAGGACUGAGACAGUCGCUCAUUAUGAAAAUAAAAACAUACUGCAUACUUUGA